UUAUUAAUUUAUUUUACUGUUUAGUUACCUUAGUUAUUUUGGUGAAGAUGACGGCUACCGUUACAGUCACUCAUGCCAAGGGGGACAAGGUGCAGCCUGAUGCUAAUAAAUUGGCAUCGAAUCAAGAAUUUGCAGUGCCUAAAAACAAUGCUUUUGGAAACUCAUUCAGGAAUUACGAAGCAGAAAGUGAAAGGAAUUCCAAAGUGGAGGAGUUCUACAAAAACAGCCAUAUUAACCAAACAUAUGAUUACGUGAUGAAGAUGAGGGAAGAAUACAAGAAGCUUAAUAGGGCAGAAAUGGGGAUAUGGGAAUGUUGCGAGCUUCUCAAUGAGGUUGUCGAUGACAGUGACCCUGACUUGGAUGAACCCCAAAUCCAACAUUUGUUGCAGAGUGCUGAAGCAAUCAGAAAAGACUAUCCUAAUGAAGACUGGUUGCAUUUGACUGCACUCAUUCAUGAUCUUGGAAAGAUCCUUAUUCUUCCAAAAUUUGGGGGGCUACCUCAGUGGGCUGUUGUUGGUGACACAUUCCCUGUUGGAUGUCGAUUUGAUGAGUCCAAUGUUCAUUACAAGUAUUUCAAGGACAACCCGGACUUCAACAAUCCCAAAUACAACCCCAAAUAUGGGAUAUACAAGGAAGGGUGUGGACUAGACAAUGUGCUAAUGUCAUGGGGUCAUGAUGACUACAUGUACAUGGUGGCCAAGGAAAAUGGAACCACAUUGCCUCAUGCAGGAUUGUUCAUCAUCAGAUACCAUUCCUUUUACCCAUUGCACAAGCAUGGAGCUUAUGCACAGUUCAUGAAUGAGGAGGAUAAGGCCACCAUGGAAUGGCUUCAGAUAUUCAACAAAUAUGAUCUGUACAGUAAGAGCAAAGUUAGGGUAGAUGCUGAAAAGGUCAAACCUUAUUAUGAAUCCUUGAUUAAGAAGUACUUCCCAGAAAAGCUGAAGUGGUGAAGUUUUGAAAAAGAGCAUGAAGAAAGGGACUGCUGGCUAUAGGCUGCAAAUAUCAUAGUCCUGUAU